AUGAAUCGUGAUGCUCAGGCCUUACUUCCUCUGACGAUCAAGCAGAUCAAUGAUGCUUAUCAAGCAAGUGAUGAUAAAGCCAAUCUGACUAUUGAUGGUGUUGAAAUUGGCAAAAUUUCUCUUCUUGGUAGGGUGUGCAGCAAAGCUGGACAAACCACUGAUGUUAAAUUUGUACUUGAUGAUGGUACUGGAAUGAUUGAGUGCACUAAAUGGCUUCAAGAACCUGCAAAUUCAAUUCCAGUGGAGAGUAUUUUAAAUGGAAUAUAUGUGCGGGUUUAUGGACACUUGAAAGGCUUUCAGGGUCAAAAUAAUAAUGAUCAGAAGAGUGUUGAACAAUUGGUGUCAUAUUUCUUGCUUCUUCCCCAAAACAGGGAAAUGACUGAGGGAACCCCUCAUGAUGUUAUUAGAGAAUAUCUUAGAAUUACCCUGGAUAGACUUAAGCUGGCUAUUGAAAAUCUUACGUAUGAAGGUCAGAUAUAUGAAGGUGUAACUGAUAGAUAUAAGUCAGCUAUCGAUGGUUGA